AUAAGCUCGAAAAUAUGUUAGACGUUAUAAGUAAUUAAAUGGAAUUAUAUACAAUAAAAGUUCAUGCAUACUGAAAACAGAGCUAAAUAUUAAAAAGUUCAAAAAUAAUAAGAACACUAUGUGAUAAUCCGCGUAAGGCGCAGAGUGAAAUAUCUAAAAUAGUUACUUGUUUGCAUUUUAAAAUUAAAUAUGUAUUUGCAAUUUUUUAUUUUUUCUCUCUCUAUGUAUAAGAAUAUUUUUAAAAUUUAGUAAAACAUAGCAAGGACACGAAUUUUGUAGUUUACUCGUGUAUAUAAUAGAAUUUGUUUGUUUGUAGUGAAUGCAAUUUUAGUAUUGAACAUAUAUAUAAUAAUUAAAAUAUUAGGUUAGAUUUCUAUAACUAUGGGGUGAUUGGUUGGGUUGUAACAAGUGACUUUAGCUUUAAUUUUUAUCUACAGUUUUAAAAACCAUCAAUCAUGCUUUAUAUUAGUUUUUAAAACUACAACAAAAAAAUUAAAGUUACAGCCAAAAAACAGAAAAACUAGUUAUAAAAAUCUUAUUUUCUAAAGUCCCAUAUUUUAUACUAUAGAAAAUUUUAAAGUUAUAUCUCUUAAAGCUAAAUCAAAAAAUUCUACACACUAAUUUUAAAGUAAAUUUUCUACAGUUACAGCUCAACUAAUUUUAGAGUUAGAUAUAAAGUAUAGAAGAAUUUUAUUUUAUAUUAUUAUGGUUUGUGGCUAAUUUGGGUCAUUUUUAUCUAGACAAUUAUAUCUAAAUAAAAUAUUCAUAAAUAAGUAGAAUUUAUAAUGUAUUUCCUAUAUUUAUAAGUUACAAUUCACAACAUUACUUUUUGUCAUCGGUUCGCGUCAAUUAGUUACUAAAAUUUAGUCUCUCUAUCGUAUCAAAUUGAAACUCUGUCUUCCAGUCACCAAUUUGUUACAGUUGCAACCGUAAACUUAGUCACAAUUAUGUCACGGUCGUUACUUAAUAUAGUUUUGUCACAGUUAUGUCACUAAUUGUGACAAAAAAUUGUUACGCCACAAUUCGUCACAAUAUUGUGACAAACUAGCUACUAAUAUGUGACAUAAAACUUUAGAAACAAAAUCGUUUGUAAUAUGUCACAAAUUUGUUACGGUUAACUCUAGUCAUAAAAUUUCGUCAAAAUUACGGGUAACUUCGAAUUCAGCUAUUCUGUACUAUUUCCACGUCACUAAUUAAUCAGAGUUCAGUAUAAUCAGAAGAAAUAAUGGUGUAUCUAGCGUUGUAAAAAACAAAAUUAAUGAUCUAUCUAGUUAUAAAAGGGAAAAUAAUGUAUUAUAUUAUGAUUGGAGCGUUCACGUGAUUCAUGCAACAAGGACUGCGAUCAACUGUAUAUUACUGAUUAAAGUCUACAAAUGUUUAAUGUUUUGCAUGAAUAAAAUAUAUGAAUUAACUAAACUAGCUACGAGAAUCCAAACACAAUUUUUAAACUACUCAAAGAAACGAAUUAACUAUCUAGUCCAUCAAGUAGUUAACAAAAUUAAUGACUAUGAAUUUGAAUAAAUUUGUAAUAGUAUAUCAUGCAAAAUUACUAUUCAUCUUCUUACUGUUCAUUUGCUAAAUGUGGUUUGUUUACCAGAAAAUCAAAAAGUGGUAAGACUUCGAUCAAGCAUUUUAUGCCUGCGUGCACCUAGCAUUUUGAACAGUAGUUUUGAUUUUAACUAGUUUACUUAAUAUUCUAGUUCCUUUCUGUCAGUUAGAUCUAUCUACCUAUACGUAUGAGUUGUGACCUAGUUGUUUUAUGUUAUCUUUUCUUAGCUGUUUAUUUUUAGGAAUAUUCUAGUCUCUUUUGGACCCAGAAUAAGAAAAUAUUUUCUGUAUAUAUACCCCCAACCCCGUUGUUGUUCUUCUACUCACUCACAAAUCAAUUCUUCAUUUUCUCAGAAGACAUCAGAACACAAGACCAUCUCUCUGUCGCCUUAAAAGCCUCUUCUUACCAUGGCAACGACAGCAACAUCGGCGGCUCCAUCACCUGGAUCUGUUCAGAAACACGAUGAGGAGUGGCGUGCGGUUCUGUCUCCUGAACAAUUUAGAGUUCUCAGGGAAAAGGGAACAGAAGCCCGAUUCAAAGGAGAAUAUACAAAACUGUUCGAGGAAGGAACCUAUGCGUGUGCUGGCUGUGCGACUCCUCUUUAUAAGUCCACCACCAAGUUCGACUCUGGUUGUGGUUGGCCUGCCUUCUUCGACGCUAUUCCCGGUGCCAUUAUACAAACUCUGGAGCCAGAUGGGAAAAGAGUUGAGAUCACAUGCGCAAAAUGCGAUGGACAUUUAGGUCAUGUUUUCAAAGGAGAAGGAUUCCCCACGGCUACCGAUGAGCGUCACUGCGUCAACAGUGUUUCUCUUAAGUUUAAUUCUUCCGAAACUUCCUCCUAAUAAAUCGAUAUAUAUCCAUUUAUUGUUUGGACCAAUUCUUCUCCUAGAAGAGAAUAAAAAAAUCGAGUCAAGUCGUUUAACGAACAACUUAUGCAAGAUGGAACAAAAAAUGUGGGAUUAGAAAGUCAUAGCUUCAGGUAUAAAUAUUGAUGAAUUCAGAUGAUCCGAGCAAGAAGAAAGAGCAACUAAGGGAACCCAAGAGAGCAGCGUAGAGAAGUUAAUUAGUGUAAUUUAUCGUGUGUUGAGAUUCAAGUCUUGUUCUUAGUUUUUUUACUCUAGUUUCUGUAUUGUACCUAAACACAAGAGUGACCAAGUUAAAGUUUGUGUAAUCCUUUGGUAAUAAAUUUUUGUGUCGUUAGUUUCUAUCUUGUCUCAAAUCUCAUAAAUUCUAAACAUUAGUUUUGAUUAGUUUUUACUU